AUGCCGUCGAGCGAUCAGCAGCAGGCAAACUUUGCACGUCGAGCUUCCAACCCUUUCACUAAGAACCAGGAUGCGCCCGGAUACUAUGACAAUGACAACAACGUCUCGAACGAUGACCGUGCUCAGCUCCACUCACUCGCACAACACAUGCGCAAGCUUAGCAUGAGCAACAGCGCUGUCUCUGAUGGCCAUCUCGAUCUCGCCAGCUUGCGCAAUGCCAAUGCACCAUCAGGCAGUGGCAGCAACGGCGCUCUCACGCCAAGGGCCGAAGGUGGAUCGCGUUCCGGCGCUCUUGGUAUCGUCGGUGGUGCCAAGUAUACCCCUCACAGCGGCGAUCUUCCCGACCCUGACAAAGCUAACGGACAGGACCAAGACAAAGCCGCUCUACUUCCUGCAAGUUUCGGGAAGGCUUCCAACUUCGACAAGUUGCACAACCAGGCAGAUGUCUCGGAUGAAGAUAAGCAACGCAUCCUGCAGCGUGCCCCCGGUGUAGUCCGCACUUACAGCAUGGGUCAGCAGAAGCGUCGCCCUCAAAGGAUGAAUGAUGACCCCGUCAUCCUCUCGAGACGAAUGAGUCACGAUGCCGUUCAGGACGCACCGCGUCGCUUCAUUGUCGAUGUUGAGGAGACCAUGCGUCUCGUGCUCGAGCAAGAAGACACCGACGGCAACUUCCAGAUCUGCAUUACAGACAGUGGUCCCAAAGUCCUCACCCUCGGCACUGCCACCUCCAACGGCUACAAAGGCUUCGACAUUCGUGGUACCUACAUGCUUUCCAACCUCCUUCAGGAGCUUGCUCUCGCUCGUGAACACGGCCGCAAGCGUAUCGUGCUGGACGAGGCUCGCCUCACCGAGAAUCCUGUUGAUCGUCUCUCGCGAAUGAUCAGUCAGACCUUCUGGCACAAUCUCACUCGUCGCAUCGACGGCGAUGGACUCGAUGCCAUUCUCUCCGACCCCAAGAACCGCAGCAAGUCUCAGAACCCUCGCAUCUACGUUCCUGCUUCCGAGACUGAAAUGCUUCGCUACUACCAGAAAGUCGCCGAGGAGCGCCCUGCCCUCAACCUGACCGUAGAAUCGCUUCCCCAGAACAUUACCGCAGAGUACACACGAGACCUCAACGACCGUCCUGGUCUGCUUGCCCUUGCCAUGCGGGAUGACAUUGACCCAACCACCGGCGAGAAGCGCGGCCUUAAGGGUAUUCCCUUCGUCGUUCCUGGUGCUCGGUUCAACGAGCUCUACAAUUGGGACAGUUACUUUAUCUCGCUCGGUCUUGUCGUUGACAACAUGAUCGAUCUUGCCAAGGGCACAGUCGAUCACUUCAUCUUUGAGAUCAAGCACUACGGCAAGAUCCUCAACGGUAACCGCACUUACUACCUCAUGCGUGCUCAGCCUCCCUUCCUCACCGACAUGGCGCUUCAGGUCUACUCACGACUCGACCCAGCUAACGAGGCCGACAACAAGGAGUGGCUCCGCAAGGCUAUCCAGGCUGCCAUCAAGGAGUAUCACACAGUGUGGAUGAGCAAGUCUCGUUUCGACGAUAAGACUUGGCUCAGCCGCUACAGGCCCGAGGGUCUUGGUGUUCCGCCCGAGACAGAAGCUUCCCACUUCACUCAUAUCCUCCGCCCUUACGCCGCCAAGAACGGGUGCAGUGUCAACGAGUUCACACGCAAGUACAACCACGGCGAGAUCAAGGAGCCGGAGCUCGACAUCUACUUCAUGCAUGACCGAGCCGUGCGCGAGUCAGGUCACGACACCACAUACCGCUUCGAGCACAAGUGCGCCGAUCUCGCCACCAUCGACCUCAACGCACUCCUCUACAAGUACGAGGUUGACAUUGCCACCGCCAUCCGCGAGGUCUUUGAUGACCGUCUCGAGCUCGAGGAUGACUUCCCUCUCUUCGGUCCUCUCCCUCCUUCGCUGCUCAAGGAUGGCAAGGGACCUGCCACGCCACCACGCUCCAUCGAGACACCACAAACGAGCGCUGAGUGGUUUGCACGUGCCGCUCACCGUAAGGCGCAGGUCGACAAGUUUCUCUGGAACGACGGCAUGGGUCUCUACUUUGACUAUGACACUCGACUCGAGGAGCCCAUCGUCUAUGAGAGUGUCACUGCCUUCUGGGCCAUGUGGGCAGGCAUGGCCAGCGAGGAUCAAGCCGCCAAGCUCGUGCAAAAGUCGCUAAAGCGCUUCGAAGAGCAAGGCGGUCUCGUCUCCGGUACCGAAGACUCUCGCGGAAAGAUCUCGAUCGACCGUCCCAACCGACAGUGGGACUACCCAUAUGCCUGGCCACCGCACAACGUGCUCGCUUGGGUCGGUCUCGAGCGUUACGGCUACCUCGAAGAGGCCCGUCGUCUUGCCUACCGUUGGCUCUACAUGAUGACUCUUGCCUUUGUCGACUUCAACGGUACCGUACCGGAGAAGUUUGAUGCCGUCAACCUCUCGCACAUGGUCGAUGCUGAGUACGGUAACCAGGGUAUCGAUUUCAAGUGUGUUCCUCGCGAAGGCUUUGGUUGGAUGAACUCUAGUUUCCAAGUCGGGUUGACCUUCCUCACUACUCAUCAGCGACGUGCUGUUGCCGCCCUUCAACAUCCUGAUGAGUUCUUCAAUGUUCGUCGUCAUUGA